AUCGCGUUUACACUUCAUCGUAACAAUUUUUAUCGUUUUCAAAUCGAUAUUUUUAACAUUUCAUCAAAAAUGAUCGCAGUUUGAAACUGCUUUCCACAAAUGUAUCCGAUAUUCUGUUGUGCUUGGUUUUUGUUGUUAUUUAAAUUAGUUUUCAAUGUGGAUAUAGCAUCCGACAAGGAGUCACUCAAGAAAUCUUUGGGACAGGUAAGCCUAUUCUUAGACAAUGUCGGCCAGAGCAUACAGAAAGAGAAGAAAUAUCUGGAGGCUGUAAAUGCUGCGAAAUCUAACGCGCCAAGCAACACAGCGACGGCGGAUUACGAUAAAAUGCUGAUUAGUAAAAAAACCAGUACCGCUACACUAAAAUCAAACAUCGUCGACGAUCUAAUAGCUCAAGAAAAGCUAGCGAAAAUUGAAGACGACAACAGACGGAAUAAAAAUUACAUGAAAGCACCAACGAAAAUUGACAAAGACAAAAAAAAUGAUGGACCCAAUCACGAUUCAGACGUGGAUAUUUUUGGCGAUAUGAUCUUCCCGCCAAAAAGCGACAUCCCAGGACAUACUCCACAAAAGAUAGAUAGACCCAUUCCUGAUGUUUUAAAGCCAGAUUUCAUUCCUGAUAAAGUAGUGGGUGGUCCCAGCGCUGACAUGAUGAGUACUAAAUCAACGACUGAUUUCAACGAUCUUUUGUUGGAUCCUAAAGAGUUUGGGUUCACUUCAACCCGUAGACCUAUACCUACUUAUGGAGAUUAUACUGGAUCUGCGUACAUACCUUCUGAACAUUUAACUACAAAAGUGAACACAGCAUUCGCCACAGUCUUCAAGAACGACAUGGCCAAACUCGGCUUGGGAGUGUUCUCCGCGUGUCUGCUGAAGAUGUUCCAUUGGGUCAUUUACAAGAAACCUGAAGAUGUCCAAAGAAUCACUUGGGGAUUCGCUAGGCUUGUAGAGCACUAUCACACGCAGGAGAAGCUGGAUAGCUUCGGCGAACCGACCAGACAUGCAUUUUUGCACUCGACCAGGAAGGCUGCAGAGAUGCGGUCUGACGAGAGGAGAACUCAAGCGAUCAUGCUGCACAACGCGCUGGAGCACCGUUGGGACAUGUUGUCUCAGGAAGUCAACUCGAUCUUGGAACACAUCGACUCCUUGUACCUGAAGGAUGAGACUGAAGACCUGAUAAACAGCAUGGAAUCUAUAGAACAGUUCUCCAACGUAUCCGCGGUCCCUUACACGUAUCUGGACGCAUUCUUAAGCAGCGUGCUAGCACCCUGGCAACGCUUGAAGGACACAUUCAGAGGAGAGACACUUAGGGAGAACUUGAACAGAGCAAUCAAGAAAAGAUUCUACUCGGACCAAGAUGCCUGGAAGCUUCAACAUGGACCUUCUAAACUUAGGACCGAAAAAAAGGAUGAAAUUAUAAGUCGAAAACACAAUAACGGCUUUGAUUUUGAGAAAUAUGAACCAAGUAAAUAUAUCGAUAGGAAAAUCGACAAAGCACACAUCGAACCAAGAAAUGAUAAGAGUAUAAAAAUAAUACAUUGGAUUCCAAAUUUUACGUAUAGAGCUGGUAAAAAGAUUGAAAAAAAGGUUACUGAAGCGAAGGUUGAUGUUGAUGAAGAUACGAUCGAGAAAGAGUAUCAAGGCUUUAUGAGUGCAAUCACUGAGGCGUCCAGAGCAGUGACUACAAGACCUAGAACCAAGAGUAAAAUUAAGAAUAAAAAGAAUAAAGAAGCUGAGAAGAGAUCUGAUCGCUCUCAAAGUUCUGAGCCAGAUGUCAAAGUUAAAGCGCCAGUCCCAGAGGUGAAAAUCCCAAAGAAACGUCACAAGAAGCGACACAGGCAUAGACACAAACACGCAAUAUCCACCCAUGGGCUUGCAAAACUGUUAAAGAUAAUAAAAUACCUGCGCCCUCACCACAAACGAGAGAAACAUAGGAAGCGGCAUCACAGAUAUGGCAGCAAGUUCUGGACUCGAUUCAGGGCGGUGUCCAGUCACCAAACGAAUGAAGAUUCAAAGAUGAAACUAGAAGAUCUAUCCGACCAUUCAUAUUCAGAAUACGAUGGCCUGAAAGACAUAAAGAAGAAACCUACCUACGUUAUACCAACAAAUCAAUUUUAUUCGUUUGUCACUCUGCCACAUGACAAACGUAAUUUGGCUUUCAGAAGACGUAUGAGCACUGAUAAAAAAAUAGGCAACGGUAAAUCCAAAGCGAUGAAAUUGAGAGAAGAUAGUGUCGGGUCUGAUGAGGAAAUACAAUUAAAGAUGAAUUUGCUAAAAGCAAUGGGUGGUGAAGACUUCAAGAAUUUUUUCAAAGUGAAUAAGAAGGGGCUUCUCGAUAAAUCUGACUGUUCCACUGACGAGGAAGCCUAUCUGAAGAGUAAAAUUUAUAAAUAUUUCAAAGAAGCAUAAUUGUGAGUGUUUUUUUUUUCGUUUUAAAAUGUUGUAGAUACAAUUUCAUUCAUGUUAUAUACAUAUAAACCUUUUUCUUGAAUCACUCUAUUUAAAAACCGCAUCAAAAUCCGUUGCGCACGAUCUAAGAAUAGGUACACAUAGGGACAGACAGCAGGAAGCGGCUAUGUUAUCAUUAUGAUACAAUAAUAAUGAUAAAAAAUUUACGUUAAAUAUGUGUAAUCAACAAUAUCAACAAAAAUAAAAAUAAG